AGUGGGUAGUAUUACUCACACUUCGAUAGUGUCGUCGACGACGGACUUGGCCGGUGAGUAAACAAAAAUGGAGCUCUAUGCUCACGACUUCAACCUCCAUUCAAUUCCAACAACUAGGGUUUCUAUUAGCCGCCGUCAAAAUUCCAUUUUCUUUCCGGACAUGCGGAUUCGGAGCCGCCUUAUCGCCUUCGCCGGGCUUAGAAUAUGCGCUGUGGGACCGCCGUCUUCGGUGGUUGUGGCACCGGAACAGCCGGGAGGAAAGAUGGUGGUAGAGCUGGUGGGAGCGUUUAACGAGCUGACGGAGAGGAUGAAGACGAUCGUGUUGUCGACGAGCUCUUCUGACAUCCUCUUCAAGUCUCUCAAGCUCUCUAUCCCCAUCUUGCAAACCCUGCCUCUCGCUCCUGACGGUCGUCCUCCUCUCUCCAGAGCAUUGUCCAUAGCUGUAAUGCUCGCUGAUCUUCAGAUGGAUGCUGAAGUUAUUUCAGCUGGUAUACUGAGAGAAGUUCUGGAGGCAGGUGCCAUAUCCAUGCAUGAAGUGAGAAAUCAGAUAGGCACUGGUACUGCUCAUUUAUUGCAUGAAAGCUUACGUCUGAAGGGCAUUCCUUUAAAAGUGGAAGUAUUGGAUGAUGAGAGCGCUGCUGCUUUAAGGAAGUAUUACCUGACGUAUUAUGAUGUCAGAGCUGUGAUUUUGGAUCUUGUUCUUAAGCUCGAUAUGAUGAGACAUCUAGAUUUCCUGCCUAGGUAUAAACAGCAAAUGCUUUCUCUUGAGGUUAUGAAGAUACAUGCUCCACUGGCUCAUGCUUUUGGAACCAAUUUCAUAUCCUUGGAGCUGGAGGAUCUUUCGUUCCGUUACUUGUUUCCUUAUUCAUACCUUUAUGUUGAUACAUGGUUACGAAGCCAUGAAACAGAAAAUAAGCCUUUGACAGAUGUAUACAAGGAACAGUUGCUUCAAUCAUUGAAAUCUGAUCCCUUGUUAGGGGAUAUGGUUGAUAACAUCUCGGUCAAAGGUCGCUAUAAAAGUCGUUAUAGCACCAUGAAGAAACUGUUAAAACAUGGACGCAAGCCUGAGGAGGUAAAUGAUAUCUUAGGAUUGCGAGUCAUAUUGAAGCCUGCUUCUGGGAUUAAUGAAUUAGAAGUGGGAGAGAGAGCGUGCUACAGGGCAUGUGAAAUUGUCCGCUCUUUGUGGAAAGAAAUGCGCAACAGGUCAAAAGAUUAUAUUGCCCAUCCCAAAGCAAAUGGUUAUCAGAGUUUGCACAUGGCUGUUGAUGUCAGUGACAAUGGCAGAACUAGACCGCAAAUGGAAAUACAAAUAAGGACUACAGAGAUGGAUACGUUGGCGGAUGGUGGAAUAGCAUCCCAUUCAUUGUACAAGGGUGGUCUUACUGAUCCAGAAGAGGCAAAGCGGCUCAAGGCCAUUAUGAUGGCUGCAGCUGAACUUGCAGCAUUGCGUCUUAAAGAUCUUCCAACCACAAAUCACAAAGGUAUCCAUAUUGAUAAUAGAGACCGAGUAUUCUACCUUCUUGACAAGAAUGGAGAUGGUAAGAUUAGCAUUGAGGAACUUAUGGAAAUUAUGGAAGAGCUUGGUGCUGAAGGGGAAGAUGCCCGGGAAAUGAUGCAGCUCCUUGAUUCAAAUAGUGAUGGUUCUCUGAGCUCAGAUGAAUUUGAUUUGUUCCAAAAGCAGGUUGAAAUGAUGCGUAACCUAGACGAUAGAGAUGAUCAAUACAAGACCAAGUUGAAUGAGAAGCUUCAAAUGGCAGAUAGCAGUGGUCUAAUUCAGGAAUACAGAAAUGAUCUUGCAAUAAUUUAGUCUUGCUCACAUCUGAGUAAUAAAUUUAUGUGCAACAGGGUCGUAUAAAACAACCCUUUACGUGAAGAUGUAUAUAUAUAAGGUAUGUGUACUGUAGAUAAUUGAAAACUAAAAAUGUGCUCGCUCAGACUUUGCAAUUGCAUGUCCAAUAGAAUUAUACUUGAGAACAACUUUCUUAAUGGUGUACACAUUUUUUUUUUUUCUCC